AUGGCUCUUGAAAUACUCACCUAUCUCCUACUCUCUUCCAUUCUCGGGAUCGUGAUCCACCGACUGUUUCUCCAUCCCCUCCGCCAUGUACCCGGUCCGUUCUUGGCCUCUUUCAGCUCGCUCUUCAUAUACGUAAUCUGCUAUCUGGGAGUUGAGGGUCGUGUACUUCGUUACUUCCACCGUCGCUUCCGCACUCCUGUCCUCCGUGUAGGGCCAAAUAGCGUCUCCAUCUCGGAUAGCAGCGCACUCCGCGACAUUUAUAUUGCCAAUGGCGGUUUUCCCAAAGAUGAUCGGUACAAGAAUUUCGACUUGGGCCCAAUUGUCUCCAUUUUCUCAUCUCGAGAUACUGAAUAUCGCGACCGGCGCGCCAAAGCUGUGGCUCCUCUCUUUGCUCCUGCCCGCGUGCGGUCGGCCUGUGCCCUAGAUCAGCCCAUUGGACAGUCCAUCACUCAGUUUGUCGAGCGCCUAAGCAUCUACCAGACAAAGAAGGUAUCUUUUGAUCUCGUCGAUAUUUGCGCUAGGCUCUCAAUAGAUGUCGUGACGGGGUACCUCCUCGGAGAGCCCUACGGGGGCUUCGCCGAGUCUGCGCACCUCUCUGCAGAGGCACAACAGGGGGUGAAGCUCAGCGCUAACCCAUUCAUCUUUGCCAUUGUGGCUUUCUCGCGCUUCUCGCUUCUGCCGAAUUUUCUUUUCCGGCAGGUCUACAGGCUCGCCAUUCAUCUGGCCUCGACCGACGAAUCGAUAACAUCAUUCCACAAACUGGAUCAGUUCGCUGUAGGCGUCACUUCCCGUGCCGAUAUUAAUUCGGCACAGAUGUCGACAUAUCAGUCUCGUCUUCUAGAGGCGGGGAUUUCUCCAGAGGAAACUGCUGCCCAGUGUAAGGCCGUGAUUUUUGCGGGUGCUGACUCCACCGCCGUCAUGCUGGCAACCAUCCUCUUCCACCUCAUUCACAACGAGAAGGCAAGGCACAAACUUUCAGCAGAGGUGGCACAAUGUCGACAGGAAAACCCGUCAAUAGAUCCAGAGGCCAUCUCUUAUCUGCGUGCUGUCGUCAAAGAAGGACUUCGACUGGGCAUGGCAAACCCAACCCGAUUGACCAGGGUCAUUCCUUCCUCCUCCAUCCUCCGUGUCGGCGAGCACAUCUUGCCUGCCGGCACCGUCGUAGGCUGUGCUGCGUAUAACCUACAUUAUGACGAGGAUGUGUUUCCGCAGCCCUUUGACUUCUGGCCAGAGCGGUGGUUGGAAGGCAGACAGCACGGAGGGCUUAUGGAAAGGAACAUGAUGCCGUUUGGAGCGGGAUCAAGGGCGUGUAUUGGGAAGAACCUGGCAAUGAGGCAGUUGUAUGAGACUGUUCUAGCGGUGGUUUGUCCUGUAGAAGGGGGAUGUUUGUUAGACGGGGCUAGGUUACGACACAGCAAGAUUGACAUGAUUGAGUGGUUCAAUGGGGAGAUUCAGGGGCAUUGUUUGGAUGUGGACUGGGAUUGA